AUGUCUGAAUCAUCACAACCUACAGUUACUCUCAAUGGAAUUGAUCCUGAUGCCAUGUCGGAACUUAUUGAAUACGCAUAUACUUCGGAAAUAACAAUCUGUGAAAAUAAUGUACAAUCAUUACUCUCCGCUGCUAAUUUACUAAUGAUGCAACCUGUUCGUGAUGCAUGUAGUUCUUUUUUUGAACGUUUUCUUGAUGAAACAAAUGCCAUUGGUAUAAAUUGUUUUGCUGAAUUACAUGGUACACAAGAAUUAACAAAAAAAGCAAAACGAUUUGUUUUAAAAAAAUUCUCACAAGUUGCUCAACAAGAUGAAUGGCUUCAUGUUUCGACACAAAAAAUUAUUGAAUUUAUAAGUAAGACAGUUGAUGACAUUGAAUAGCUAGAAAGUUGCUUUCAUUGUGAAAGUUUAUAAUGCGCGUAUAUAUGAUUUUAUUGAUCAGAACGUUAAACUAGCAGCAUCUGAACAUGAAGUUUGAUCAUUAACUUUAAGUUCAUCAGCAAUGUAAUGUUUGUUGGUUUGAAUGACAAAAGUUAUCAAAUCGAAUUUUUUUUAUAAUACGUACAUUAUGACUGGUGCUGUUAAAUUAUAGAUCCCAAAUGUUCGCUAACACUGUGAAGAUAUUCUGAAGGUGUGCUAUAGAAAAUGUCGAAAAUUUGAACUAAUAAGAUAUUCAUUAUUUUUCGCAUAAUAUCAACAUUAUAACAUAGAUCAUACAGAAAUCAAGUGAUUAAAAAAAACGGAAGAAUUCGUAGCAUAGGUUUUUUUUCCGUUUAGCAACUGCAAAUGUGACAAACCAUCGAAAUAUUCCAUGGCGUUUAUAAGUGCAUCAUAAAAUCAUUUACAAAGAUUAUCUAUACAACACUAAAUAUCAAUAUUUUUCUAUUGUUGAUAUUUUUUGUUUCGGUCAACCUCUUAUGGAGGAAACAAAUUAUGGCCAUGAAUAGAUCUCGGUGAGACUAACGAGCGAAUCCAUUCGAUUGAUAAUCUUAAUUUGAGCUCAUGGAUAGGAUUCAUAGUGUAAAUAUAAAUUCUGAGAGGAUUUGUGCCAUUAGGCCUGUCUUCUCGAGUUAUGAUAAUUUCACUGAAACUUUUAGUCCAUUGCAGAAUAUCGCCAGACAAAACUGCGACAAGGAGUUUCAGUCUGAAGUUCUCUUCAAUAAUAGCACUUAUGGUAUCGUAUGCCCAAAAUCUGAAUUAUUUUUGCAGUUCUUAUGCAAAACCAAUGUUUUUUGCAAAUGUGUUAUGUCAGAAGAGAAACAUCGGUUUGAGUUGCAACUUUUGGAAUACCGUAAGAAUCUUGAGAAUUAUUGUUGGAGAGAAUUUCAGAGCGAAACUUCUUGUUACAAUUUUUCUCGUGAUAUCCUGCAACAGGUUAAAAAUUCAGUAAAAGCACCAUAAGUCGAGAAGGUCUAAUGGCACAAAUCUUCUUAAGAUUUUUAUCUAUAUUAUGAAUCCUACCUAUGAGCUCAAACAAAGAUUAUCAGUCGUAUGGAUUCCGUCAUAACACAAACUUAAAAUGAUUCAUGUCUAUGGCUUAUUGAUAUAGAGUUAUAACCGUUUAAAGGAAAUUUUUACCGAGAGCAAAGCAUUUUCACAAAAUUCAAAAACAAGAAGUUUUGAUCUGAAAUUUUGCCUAUAGGCACAUUUGGUAAUCCUAAAAUUUUCAACGAAAACGAAUUUGUCUUUUUCAAAAGAUUCGAUUUCGAAGCAGACUCGAUUCUUGUGUCCUCCUAUCAUAAAUUGCUCCUUUUUUUGAAUACUGAAUAUUUCGAGAAAGAUAUUUACAUUUUUGUCUAAGCUGUCAGGACUACCAAACGUCGUUAUGGUCAUAAUUCUUUAUCAGUGUGUCAUAGACUGGAGUCCUUUUAAGCUUGUCUUAGUCUCACUGAGACAAAUAUGAAGUCAAAUGACGUCCCUAAAUUGGAUAUUUCUUCUAGUUAAUUUGAGCAAUAGCUCAUCAGUAUUUUAGAAGAAAAUUUAUUUGAAGGAUGAUUUCUCUAUUGUCGUCUUUUCACACUCUUUGAAAAUACAAAUCCAAGAAUCUGAUUGAACAUCCUUCUAUAGU